AAACCUUUCACUGCCGCAUGUGAUCCCUGCUACAACUAACUCUCACUUACGGUAUACACGCCGGAGAACUCACCUGCACGAUCCCACUUUCACUGCCCUUUCCCCUCAAACCCUGUAUGGCGCACAAUCCGAUGCUGUUGCGGACGCUGAUUAGCUUCCCUGUGACAUGUUUGACACGUUCUACACUCGCCGGCGGAUGGUGGACAUUCGGCCGAAGCCGAGAAGCUCUAUGUGUUAAAUGUCUCUUCCUAGUAAGACAAUCUGAUGUAAAGGUUUUGUACUGGUGCUUGAAUGGACUUGCCGGAAGUACACAUCAAGGCGGACGUCAAUCGCAUCUUGUCUGAAGCAACAUGUGCAUCAUAUUGGAUCGUGCUUGGUCCCAUCAGCAAAAUUGGAAGAAACGGAGGGAUGGCGGAUGCACCCUGGCUCGCUUCGCC